AUGAGACUCCCCAAACUCCUCACUUUCUUGCUUUGGCACCUGGCUUGGCUGGACCUGGAAUUCAUCUGCACUGUGUUGGGUGCCCCUGACUUGGGCCAGAGACCCACGGGGGCCAGGCCAGGAUUGGCCAAAGCAGAGACCAAGGAGAGGCCCCCCCUGGCCCGGAACAUCUUUAGGCCAGGAGGUCCCAGCUAUGGUGGGGGGGCCACCAACACCAGGGCAAAGGGAGACCCCGGGCAGACACAGGCCAAGAAGGAUGAGCCCAAAAAGCUGCCCCCCAGAUCUGGUGGCUCUGAACCCAAGCCAGGACCCCCUUCCCAGACCAGGCAGGCUGCAGCACGGACUGUAACCCCAAAAGGACAGCUUCCUGGGGGCAAGGCUCCCCCAAAAGCAGGAUCUGUCCCCAGCUCCUUUCUGCUGAAGAAGGCCAGGGAGUCUGGGCGCCCUCGAGAGCCCAAGGAGCCAUUCCGCCCGCCCCCCAUCACACCCCACGAGUACAUGCUCUCGCUGUACAGGACGCUGUCCGAUGCUGACAGAAAGGGAGGCAACAGCAGCGUGAAGUUGGAGGCUGGCCUGGCCAACACCAUCACCAGCUUUAUUGACAAAGGGCAAGAUGAUCGAGGUCCUGUGGUCAGGAAGCAGAGGUACAUGUUUGACAUUAGUGCCCUGGAGAAGGAUGGGCUGCUGGGGGCCGAGCUGCGGAUCCUGCGGAAGAAGCCCUUGGACACGCCGAAGCCAGUGGCCCCUGGUGCCGGGCGGGCUGCCCAGCUGAAGCUGUCCAGCUGCCCCAGCGGCCGGCAGCCGGCAGCCUUACUGGAUGUGCGCUCCGUGCCAGGCCUGGAUGGAGCUGGCUGGGAGGUGUUCGACAUCUGGAAGCUCUUCCGAAACUUUAAGAACUCUGCCCAGCUGUGCCUGGAGCUGGAGGCCUGGGAACGGGGCCGGGCUGUGGACCUCCGCGGUCUGGGCUUUGACCGGGCUGCCCGGCAGGUCCACGAGAAGGCUUUGUUCCUGGUGUUUGGCCGUACCAAGAAACGGGACCUGUUCUUUAAUGAGAUUAAGGCGCGCUCGGGCCAGGAUGAUAAGACUGUGUAUGAGUACCUGUUCAGCCAGCGGCGGAAACGGCGGGCUCCGCUGGCCACUCGCCAGGGCAAGCGACCCAGCAAGAACCUCAAGGCCCGCUGCAGUCGGAAGGCCCUGCACGUCAACUUCAAGGACAUGGGCUGGGACGACUGGAUCAUUGCACCUCUUGAGUACGAGGCCUUCCACUGUGAGGGACUGUGCGAAUUCCCCUUGCGCUCCCACCUGGAACCCACGAACCACGCGGUCAUCCAGACCCUGAUGAACUCCAUGGACCCUGAGUCCACACCACCCACCUGCUGUGUGCCCACGCGGCUGAGUCCCAUCAGCAUCCUCUUCAUUGACUCUGCCAACAACGUGGUAUAUAAGCAGUAUGAGGACAUGGUAGUGGAGUCUUGUGGCUGCAGGUAGCAGCACUGGCCCUCUGUCUUCCAGGUUGGCACAUCCUGACAGCCCCUCCUCGCACUCCUGGAAUCACAGAGGGGUCAGGAAGCUGCAGCCACAGCAUCUACACAACCUGCAUGAAAGGGGAUUCUAGUAGCCUUGCUCACUCUGAGUGUGACUUGGGCUCAAGAUCUCCUGCUAUUCACAAGUCCCCCAGUCUGAGGAUUUCUGCCCUUCUGCUACUCUGACUGGGAGGGAGUCUCAGGGGACAGACUCUGCAUGGAACUGAGACCCAGAAGACAGUGUUUUCCAAUGAGACUCAACCUGUCAUCUCUCCUGAGACCUCUGACCUUUGGAC